AUGGCAUGUAGACGAGCGAUUGGAAUGAUUUCGAUGAGGAGCGCGCUGCGCUCCGAUAUCCAUCACAAAAUGUGUAGUGUAAGUGGUUUUUUUGACGAUAUUAAAUUGAUAAUAGUCUGUUUCCGAAACUGUUGAACUGUUUUGCGUUGAGGGCUCAUUGAUCAUGGAUUUUGUGAUUUGGAGUAGUUGAAAAAGGUCAAGAAUUGUCGAGAAAAUGACGAUUUAGUGGGAAGGGUUAGGCGGUCAUGGGUAAUAUCGAAAUAAAUUGCAUUUUAAGUGGGUUUUUGAUAAUUUUGUGAUAUGAAUUGGAUUUAUGAGUUUUUUAGAAAGCCUGGGAGUUAAAAUAAGUCUACCAUUGCUUGCAUAUUGCAAUGCUAUGAUAUUUUAUAACGAAAAGUAUAUUGUGAUGGACUAAGAAAUUGAAAAAAAUGAAAUUUCGAAAAAGUUUUAAAUUUUGGCAAAAUACUUUGCUUAAGGCUUUUUAUGACUUUCUCUAGGACAAGGAACUUAAAAAUUGAUAAUUAUUCAAAAUCCAAAGCACAUCGAACGCAUAACGAGCAAAACGUUACAUUUUUGCUUAUAUUACACUGCCUUAAGGUCCAUCACACAAAACUCAAGCAUUAGAUAACGGUUUGUUGUUGUUAACAGCCUCCAUUUUCAGGUGGCUUAUCAACCGCAGCGUCUCUUCUCCACCACCAAAUACAAUUAUUAUAUCAUGAACGAAAGCGUCCGAGGCACGAUGACCAGUCGGAUCGUGCAGAAACGCGGCAAACCGACCGGUAUGUUGUUGGGUAGGAAGUUGGGUAAGGGUUUUUGGAUUAAUUUGAUGGUGGAGAUUAUGGUGGAUUUUUUGAGGUUGGUUUUGAGGCUUUUAGAUAUUGUUUUAGAGCAAUUUUGAGGGGUUUUAAGUGGUUCUAGGGCUAUUUUUAGGGUUUAAAAAAGUUUUGGCGCUUUUGAACGUAAAAAUCUGGGUUUAAAAAUGACAAGACUUUUUUUGACAAUUUAAUAUUGAGCUGCUGAUAGUAACAUUGAGCUUCUGUUAGUAAUAUGGUGGGUUUUAGUUACUCAUUUGGAUUGAUAUAUUGUAGUAUAUCAGCCUCAUCUAAUACAUUAUGUUAUAGUAAACCUAGCCGAACGCCGCGAAACCACCGGCUACGUCACCGAUCUACCACGCCUAGGCGUACCAAGUCUGGAGGAAACGGUCGAUAAACUGUUGCGCUUUGCCAAAGUCGUUCAAAGCCCUGAGGACUUUAAAGAAACCCAAGCAGAAGCCGUAGCCUUUCUGAAGGAUGAGAACGCCAGAAAACUUCAGGAUCUUUUACAACAACGUGCUCUCCGCCUGGACAAUUGGCUCACACCAUGGUGGGUUGAUGUGGCAUAUCUGGCCGGUCGAGACCCAUUACCGAUUGUCACCAGCCCCGGACUUACUAUGGCUUUCUACGAAUUUGAAGGCGAGAGUGGACAGUUGGAAUAUGCAGCUAAAGUGAUUCAGACGGCGUUGGACUUUAAAAAAUUGGUUGAUGAGUAAGUGGGGUAAUGUAAUGUAUUAUGUAGGACUUGGUAAAUUAAAGUUUUGGGCGGGGUAAAAUUUGGGGAGGGGGGGUAAAUUUUUUGAUAUAAAAUUUUGGACAGAGUAAAUUUAUUUAUGAGGAGGAGGUAAGGGCGGGGUAAAAAAUGAUUUUUGAAUUAGGCGAAUGUAUUUUUAAAGUAAAGUCUAAAUUUUUUUUUGGGCGGGGUAAAAAAAUUUUUUUUGAGAGGGGAGUGGGAUGCGGUGGGUGGUGCAAAAAAACUUUAAUGUUGAAUUAAAUACAUUUUUUGGGGCAGGGGAGGAAAGGUAGAAAAAUUGUAAUUUUUAGUUAGAACAAUGUAAAAUACGCAGUGUUAUGUCUAGCUUUCAAAGUUUAAAAUCAGUAUAAAUUUUUUUUGUAAAAUACGGUAAUGAAUGCUUUUAAUUUACAGAAAAGCCCUAAAGCAAGAUGGAGGAGCGACACCGUUCGAUAUGAGCCAGUUUGACAAUCUUUAUGGCACAACUCGUAUCCCACGCCCAAAUAAGGACAUUUUGAGGUACGGACGAGACUCUCCAAACAGAGUCAAUCACAUUAUUGUCACCAGGAAUGGGCAUGUAAGUUAAGAUUUUGGUAAAAUACGGAAUUAUGUUGUGCGUUUUCUAUAUUAAUAUUAAAAUUUUAAAAUUUCUGUAGGAAGAAGAAUUUUACCGUAUUUUAUACUGUAUCUUUUUAAAAAAAUGAUAUGUUACUCAUAGCAAACAAUCUAUUUCAGUCCUUCCGAUUCCCAGUAUUUUCGAAAUCUGGCCAGCCACUCGGACUACAACAAAUCGUACACAACCUGAAGAAGUACGUGAUCCCAGCUAGUCAGGAAAGGAAUCCAGAACCCAUCAACUUGUUAUCAGCCGGCGAUCGAGAGACCUGGGCUCCGGUUUACAUGAGAAUGGCUAGUAAGUUUUGGGGUUUUUGAUAUUUUUUUUGGUUUUUAUUGUGGAGGGUUGUUUUUGUUGUUUUUAUUUUUAUAAUAUGAGAAAUAUGGGCAGUGCGGGCAUGGGAUUUUUGCUUGUUGGACUUGGAAGCGGGGGGGGGAGGGAGAAUGUGAAUUUUUGUUUGGUUUUUAAUUUUUUUUUGAAGUAACAGUAGGCUUUACGUGCAGCCUUUUGAAAAAAAUAUUUAAAUAUGCUCAACAAAUAGGGGAGGGGGCAAGUUGAACGUUUAAUUUUUAUUUUUUUAUGAGUUUUUGAAAGAUUUUAUUACUUUUCUAUUUUUUUAAGUGACAGUUUUAAAGUGUAUUUUAAUAAGCUUUAAAUUUGGUCGUUUUUGCACUUUUAGUAAAUUCAAAAAGAUAUUUUAAAAAAGUUCGAAAAAUCUAAUUUUCGAGAAAAAUUUUAAUUUCUCAAUUUCAGAGAACAAUGCAGCCGAAAUCGAAGCCUUUGAAGACGCGCUUUUUGUUCUCUGCCUCGACAAUGCCUAUCCAAUCUCGGCCAACUCUAAUCGUCGUGAAGCCAACAUGCAGAACGCUCUUCACGGCUGUGGCUACAAACAGAACACGGCCAACCGAUGGUUCGACAAAUGUCUUCAGUUCUAUGUCAAUACGAAUGGGGCCCUGGGGCUGUGCUACGAACACACACCGGCCGAAGGACCGGCUGUAGCUGGACUAUUGGACUAUGUUCAGGAUAGGUUGAAAGCUGGACAAUUCAACUAUAUUACUGAUAAUUGUGAGGUAAAGCCGAUUAGACUGAACUGGAGAAUGACUGAGCUGGAUCGGUCGACUUUGUACGCUUGUGUGGAUAAGAAUGAUGAGUAAGUUGGGGCAGAUGAUGAUUUAUGUUAUAGUAGGGGGCUUUUUAUAUUGAUAAAGGCUUUUAUAUUAUAAUAGUGCAACUUUCUUUAAAAUGUGAUGACUUAUAUUAUAGUAGGUUCUUAAGCCAAUUUUCUUGGCUUUUAUAAAUGAAUUUACAAAAAUUUUUACUUCUAUGACCAACAAUGCUUCCUUUGACUAAUAAUAUAGCUAAAAACUGCAAAAAAUGAUUUUUACAAACUGGUAAAUUAAUCAUAAUAAUGUGAUGUUUUAGUCGCUUCGCCAACCUAGAAGUCCGAUCCCUGGAAUUUGAAGAAUUUGGCAAAAAACUGCCGAAAGAUGCUCACGUCUCUCCAGACUCGUUCAUUCAAAUGGCUCUUCAAUGUGCCUACUACCGUCUUCACGGCACGGUCGUACCAACUUACGAAACCGCCACCCUUCGUAAGUUCAAAGACGGCCGAACCGACACGAUCCGCUUACCAAAUGCAGCCUCAUUAAAGGCGGUGGAAGCGCUGGCUUCGCCAAUCGGCCGCGACAGUGUAGCCGCACAAUGCUCAUUGCUAGUCCAAGCGUGUGAUGCUCAUAAACAAUAUGCGAAUGAAGCGUCGAAUGGAAAAGGCAUUGAUAGACAUAUCUUGGGAUGGAAAAUGAUUGCGGCCGAAGAGGGAAUCGAACUGCCACAGCUUUUGCAAGGAGCGGCGUUGAGAAGGUUGUUGAGGUUCCAGGUAAGGGUGAGGGGGGGGGGGGAUGUGACAUGAAUAUUUUAUGGUGUAGGGAUAUAAAAUGGGUAAAACUUGUCAAAAGGGGGUGAAAAAAUUGUGAUUUUAGGCAAGGGUGGGGGGGGGGUACCUGAAUAUUAACUUAGGAUCAGGUAAGGAUGGUUUAGAUGAAUGUUUUAGUGUGGUGUAGGGAUAUAAAUUAGAGUGGACCUGUAAAGGAGCCGGACCAAGCCCGAUUUUUCGGCCUUGCCCGGGCUUUUCCAAAUUUGAUACUGUUCGGUCUCUUUCAUGUCUAGGGAGAGGUGUUUAUUUAUUUAUUUAUUCGGCGUCAACAACAUAAAGUGGUAAUAAAAUGGAUAUAUAUUAUAAUUAACUAUGACUGUUAAAUUAGAAGAAUAUUGUAGUAGUUUAGAGAUAUAAAACGGACAAACCUUGUCAAAAAGAGGUGUAAAGCAUUUAAAAGUAGAGCAGAAUCAAGAUUUUAAGCCUUCUUUUUUUAAACUUUGGCCCAAAACAACAAAAAGUUGGUACAAAGGUUUUCGUGGCGGGACCAAUUAUUAAAAGAAAAAAGAUUUUGAGUAUUAAGCGGUUGUAAAAUACGAAAUAUAUAAAAAUAAUUUAAAAAACGAUUUUUUUUAAAGUGUAGCCCUACAAUGGUUAACGUUUUAAAAAUUGAAAAUAACUUUUUUUUCAGAUUUCUACAAGCCAAGUCCCGACCAAGAACGAGCUUCAUCUAGGCUUCGGCCCAUCGGAAUUGGACGGAUAUGGAAUUUGCUACAACCCAAGAGAGGAUCGCAUCUACUUCACAAUCACUGCUUAUCAUAGUCAUCCAAAAACAUCAGCCAAGAUGUUCAAGGAGACCUUAGUUUCAACUCUACGAGAUUUACGUCAAGUUUUCGUGGAUUCUGGAAGACUUCAAACUAAAAGCAAGUUGUAA